CUGAUUCCUGCACCCCCCAAACCCGAGGCGAUGCAUUAAAAAGGAUUACAAAAAAGAGUGGAGCGGUGGAGAGGAGAGAAGAGAAAGAAGAGAGAGAGCCCGCAUGGGAGGAAUCAUGAAUUCCAGCGCCGAAACCAAGAAGCCACCGCUGGCUCCCAAGCCCAAGUUUUUGGUAGGAAGUAAGCCCGCACCGCCCCCCAUUGCACCCAAACCGGAUGUUGUGGUUUCUAAUGUUCUCCUUUCAACAAAGACCUCGAAACCUGCCAUAGCCCCCAAGCCAAAAGUUCCAAAGGGCUCACCUGAUACCAGGCUGUCCCUAUCCAGGAAAAACCUUGUUCUCCUGGAGGAACAUAAGCAAGAAUCAUCAGAACACUCAGACAAGCUUAAGUGUCAGAAUGGAGAUGACAGAGCUCCUUAUAUCCUACCAGUGUGUUCGUCGAAUACCGAAUGUAUCCAUAACUGUGGGAACGGAGACAAUUCAUGUGUCAAACACAUUGUUUUAGAGCAUCUUGAAACGCUUGAAAACUUAGAAAACAUCAACAUUGGGGACCCUCUGUCAGUUCCUAAAGCUAAGAAAAAGUGUGAUGCUCAUAGCGAAAAAGUGGGAAAUAGGAAUCAAGUAGUUUUAAAAGCCAGCCUUCUGGAAGAGAAACUGAAAGAUGUUUUUUUUACACCCAUUGGGUCCUCCCCUACAACUUCCCCUUUGAAGCAUAGACCUACCAACAGCCUGGAAAUGGAUGGGAGCUGUGAUGCCAAUGUGGGGUUCAACUUUGAGAUCGCAGCUUUAUCACAUUCUCUCUCUGGUUUUGAUGAAGUUCCACAGACCCGUGACUGCCACGUGAAGUUUCCUGGGGAUGGGAUCCAAAUCACUGAGACCAGUCAGGAUUGCGUAGAAGUCAGCAUUAAUGGUGUUUGCUCAUCUGACCAAGAAGCUGUGGAAAAUGAUCGAGUGAGUAGUGUUCAGUUGCUAGAGGGAGAGAGUCAGAAAUCAGAAGCUGAGGAAGUUACUCUCUCAGGAAAGCCCUCGGCACCAUGCAACAAAAGCCUUCCAGCCCUGAAGUCCAGAAUGCCCCGGACUGCUCGUCUGAUGCGGCAAGCAUAUGUAGAUGCUCCAAGUGAAAGCAAUGAGGACCUGGGUAAUUCUCAGGAGGACUCUUCCUCUCCUAUUGAACAACAUGUGAAAAAAUCAAAUCAAAUCACUCCUCUGGGAUCCAGCAUUUUGUGCGACCAUGAUGAACCUGAUAAAAAAGAAGAACAGCGAAGCAAGAAUUUAUUGACUUCAGACUCUGGAAACAGAAAAUGCACAAAUCUAACAGCUUCUGAAGGCCAAGAUGUAGCUGUUUACCAGAGUGCUGUGUCUCCCCAAACUUCUCACAAGGUUGAAAGAGUCGAAGAUUAUCCACCUGCCGAUUUUAGCCUCCAUCUUGAAGAUAACACAGUAGCUGAUGGUAAUGUAUCGCCACAUGUGGACAGAAGGGCCAGUUUUAUAAAAUGUAAUAAGCAGUCAAUGAGUCUGCCAACACAGCUGAAGCCUACUUACAACCAACAUUUGCCUGCCCCCAAUUCCCUGCACGGCUCUCCAUCGAAAACUGACAAAGAGGCUACCAUCAGUAAUGAAGGUCCCAUAAAAAUUGCCCCCAAAAAACCUCAGAGGCACAGCUUGCCAGCUGCUGGACGUCUUAAGAAAGCCGCCUCUGAGGAACUCUUAGAAAAUAGUUCUUACCCUUCUGAUGAAGAGAGAAGCUCAGAGGGGAUACUGGACAAAUCUUGUCUUCGGCAUUUCGCCACCAAAGAGCAUGGCAUGUCAUCUUCCUUUGACAUGCCGAAACUCAUCAAAGCUUCAGAAAAGCCAGUAUGGAAAUUACCUCAUCCUAUUCUGCCCUUUCCAGGGAACCCAGAAUCUUUAAAGUCCACCAACCUGUCUUCCAACAGUGAGUCCUUCCCUUCCCUCACCAAGCCUAGAGCCAAGUCAUUGUCGGCUGUGGACAUGGAUAGAUGCAAUAAGCCUUGUAAAGACCCUCAAAAGAAAAAUUCCUUGAAGAAGUUGCUUAACAUGAAAUUAUCCAUCUGUUUCACGAAGAGUGACUUUCAGAGGUUUUUGUCAAAGAGUAUCCAGGUUGGAGAGGCGGCCCCAGCUCGUCUUUCCAGUAGGGAAGGCAGAGGACUUGAUAAUAGUCAGCAGGUAGAUGAAAAGAGGAGCAAACCAGUUAAAGCGCAUUCUGCAGAUACACACAGCCCAGCCUCACACAAGAAGAGGAGGAUGUAUCGGAGUCAGGUGGACCUCCCUAAUGGUCCCAAGGCUGAAUCUUUGGAUGACCAGAUGCUCUCCAGGGAAACCCCAUCAACCCCUUUUAGUUCUGGAGCAAGUGACUGUGCCCCAGAGUAUGAAAACAUAUGUCAUUAUGAGGAAACCCCAGAGUAUGAGAAUUUGCCAUUUACCUUGACUACACGAAGAACUCCUGAUUCUGAGUGGCAAAAUCCUAACACCAUGGAAGACAGUGAGGCAAAUGCAUAUGAGAUAGAAGAUCCAUACAUAAUGUCAAGUAGCCAACUCCAGCAAACACCAGGACCUCUGCAUUCCAGAUCUUCCCAUGAAGAUCACAGUGACCUGGACCUCACAUUGGGUGACAUUCCCUCCGAUGAGGAAGAAGCAAUCAACAGCUCUGAUGAGGAUGCCAGCUCCGAUUCCAGCAAGGGGGAGCCCGAUUCCCUGGAAGACAAGCAGGGUAAAGGAACUGGAAAGAGAAGCAAGGUUUACCUUAUCGCCAAGGAGAUCAUGAGCUCUGAAAAAGUGUUUGUGGACGUGUUGAAACUUUUGCAUAUCGAUUUCCGGGAUGCAGUAGCCCAGGCCUCCAGGCAGCUUGGAAAGCCAGUGAUUGAGGACAGAAUCCUGAAUCAGAUCCUGUACUACUUGCCUCAGCUGUAUGAACUCAAUCGAGAUCUCCUGAAAGAAUUGGAAGAAAGGAUGUUGAACUGGAUUGAGCAGCAGAGAAUCGCUGACAUAUUUGUAAAGAAGGGGCCGUACCUAAAAAUGUAUUCCACAUACAUAAAAGAAUUCGACAAGAAUUUAGCUCUCCUGGAUGAGCAGUGUAAAAAGAACCCUGGCUUUGCCACUGUGGUUAAAGAUUUUGAGAUGAGCCCAAGGUGCGCCAGCCUGGCAAUAAAGCAUUACUUGCUCAAGCCCGUCCAGAGGAUCCCCCAGUACAGGCUGCUCCUGACAGAUUAUUUGAACAAUCUUUUGGAAGACUCUGCAGAUUAUAGGGAUACUCAAGAUGCUCUUGCUGUUGUCAUAGAGGUUGCCAACCACGCCAAUGAAAUCAUGAAGCAGGGAGACAACUUUCAGAAGCUCAUGCAGAUUCAGUAUAGCUUAAGUGGACAUCAUGAGAUAGUACAACCAGGAAGGGUCUUCCUCAAAGAAGGAACCCUGAUGAAAUUGUCCCGGAAGGUCAUGCAGCCAAGGAUGUUUUUUCUGUUUAAUGAUGCUCUCUUGUACACAACACCUGUGCAGUCUGGGAUGUAUAAACUCAACAACAUGCUUUCUUUGGCUGGAAUGAAGGUUAGAAAACCAACUCAGGAAGCUUACCAGAAUGAGCUGAAGAUUGAAAGUGUGGAGCGUUCCUUCAUUCUCUCAGCCAGCUCUGCUACAGAAAGGGAUGAGUGGCUAAAAGCAAUCUCCCAGUCAAUUGAAGAGUACGCCAAGAAGAAAAUCACAUUCUGCCCCUCCAGAAGUCUCGAUGAGACGGACAUGGACAAGAAAGAAGAGAUGAGCCCUUUGGGCUCAAAGGCUCCCAUCUGGAUUCCUGAUACUAGGGCCACCAUGUGCAUGGUGUGUACGAGUGAAUUCACGCUCACGUGGAGGCGUCACCAUUGUCGGGCUUGUGGCAAGAUUGUCUGUCAAGCUUGUUCAUCAAAUAAGUAUGGCUUAGAUUACCUGAAAAACCAGCCAGCAAGAGUCUGUGAACACUGUUUCAAAGAAUUGCAGAAACUAGAUCACCAGAAUUCACCUAAGACUGGGUCCCCAGCAAAUCACAAAUCUCCUUCAAGUGCCUUGUCUUCAGUCUUGCAUAGUAUUCCUUCUGGAAGGAAACAGAAAAAAAUCCCAGCUGCCCUCAAAGAAGUGUCAGCAAACACGGAAGACUCUACCAUGAGUGGCUACCUGUACAGGUCAAAGGGCAGUAAGAAGCCAUGGAAACAUUUUUGGUUUGUGAUAAAAAAUAAAGUUCUCUACACAUACGCUGCAAGUGAGGAUGUCGCAGCCUUGGAAAGUCAGCCAUUAUUGGGAUUCACUGUUGCUGAAGUUCAAGAUGAAAAUUCACAGUCUAAAGUGUUCCAACUACUGCAUAAAAAUGUCCUGUUCUACAUAUUCAAAGCAGAUGAUGCUCAUUCGGCUCAGAAGUGGAUAGAAGCAUUUCAGGAAGGCACAGUGCUGUAGCACCAUCUGUUACAUCUCUUUUUUAUGGUUCCAGAGGACUAGAAUUUCAUCAGAAGUCAUAAAAUGCAGUAAAAAGAUUUUUAUCAAUGUAAUCACGCACUGCCAAGAGGAAAUCUGACUCAGUUGUAUGUUUAUCUGACUUAGGAAAGUUUCUUUUAGUCAUGUUAAUAUUUCUUUAACAGAGAUUGUACACUUGUUAGGGUAUUUUUUUUCAUACAAAGUGUUAUUUAUUAAAUUUUUGUUGUUUACUUAAUGGUCAGAAUUAUUUCUGAGGCUCCCACUGAACUCCAAAGUGUCCUUGUCUUCGGGAGAAUAGAUAACGUAUCAGAAGUAUACUAUAGUGUUAAAUAUUGUGAAACAGCCCGUGAUGUUUUCUUCUGUUACUUUUAGCGAUCACAUUCUGACCAACAGAUAUUCUUUGUAUCCAAAGUUUUCUGCCAACAUCAGUUUUCUGUGAAUUGCUUAAUUUAGAAAUGGUGAAUAUUUUAAAAUGGUUAAAGAAAAAGACAUAAACCUUAGUCUCAGUAGAGUAAUCCCAAAUAUAUCUUUGUAUUUUAUAAUGGGUGGAAAAAAACCCCAACAACAUAUAGCCAAGCUUCUACCUCAGGGACACUCUGGGAUUAAGUUCCAGUAAGUUAUCUAAAUAACAAAACUACAUCUCUCUGUCCUGUACUUCUGUUCUUGGUGGGGAAGAGAUACAAGAUCAAAGUUGGAUAGCCACAGGAUAGAAGCCUAAUUUUUUCUUAUUCAACUGUGAGUCAUAAAUGAGGAGUCUACAGUCCUGAAGUUAACACUUUAGAAAACAACCUUCCCAGUCAGAUGUGCAAAAACAGUCAACACAACAGGCUUUAAAAUAGGGGUCAUUGUCUACUAAUACAGCAUAAUAUGAGCAUAGCUUUCAAUCUUUUCUUAAAUGAAAAAAAAUCUUUUCAGAGCCUGGAAGUUCUUAAGAAGAAAGGGGCUUAUCUGAGAUGGUUCAUGUGAAAACAAAAGGGGUCGAUAAAACUUUGGUGGUGGGGCUAAAGAAUUUAUUUCUGCCCAUAAGGAGAAAAGCAAAAUAUGUGCACACAGGUUGCCAACAGCACUUGCGUGAUUAUAGUUGGCAGUUGUUCAGAGUCUCAGUUGACCUUGUAUUUGUGUCUCAAGCCAAUGUUGUGUCAGAGUUCAUGUUGGCCCUCAAAGAAUUUAUGAAUUUAACUGAAAUGACCAUAUCAGGAAAGCACAGAGUCUUAGCCAGACUUCACCAAAACUUCAUCUUUGGUCAUGUUUGUUUGUUCGUUUAAUAGUUUGUUUACACUUUUCAGUAUGAUUUUGUUGUUUAAUUGUUUUUCAGUCAUUUCCAACUCUUCAUGACCCCAUUUGGGGUUUUCUUGACAGAGAUACCAGUAUGGUUUGCCAUUUCCUCCUCCAAUUCAUUUGACAGAUGAAGAAACUGAAGUAAACAAACAAAGUUAAAUGACUUGCCCAGGGUCACACAGUUAGCAUCUAAGGCCACAUUUGAACUCAGGUGCUGUAUCUACUGUUCCACUUAGCUGCCCUUCAAUAUGAUACCUAAAAAGAAAUUCAUCAUUACUAAGUAGAACCAAUACCUUGGGCUCCUCUCUAGGAAGCAUCUAAACCUGCCCCCCCCACCCCCAUAAUGGUGCAUCUUGAACUCCCUUAUGCAAAUACCCUUGGAAACUAGCAAGAGAAAAAACCGGAAUUUUCACUGUGAUCCACAUACUGCAAAGAACACUUUCCCCCUCUUUUUCCUCUUUAAAGCAAGAUUCCUGUUAAAAUCAUCUCAUGAGCAGGCUCAGGAAUUUUCCACUUCUUAUGGAGAUAUUCAUCAGGAUGACAUUUUUUAAAUUUACCCUUUGCUGUAGGUCGGCAAGUUCUGGGGUCCCUUUCCUUUGUGUUUGCUCAUGGAGCACUCCACAUGGACCUCUGGGACCAGCUCUUCCAGCCUGAAUCCUCCCAGGCAACCAUUCCAGGUCCUUCUUUCCUCCAUCACAUGCCAGACCAGAAUAGCAAGUCCUUAAAUACCUCAGAUGCUGACUCCAGGAAUCAGGAGAGUGAGGGAAACAAUGAAUGCUUUUGUCAUACAAUUAUGAAUCUAGUGCCAAAAAAGGCCUUUAAGUCAUCUAGUCCAAUCCUGUCAUUUUAUAAAUAAGAAAAUUGAAGCAUAGCAAGUCUCUCAGAUAAGUGACAUAGUCAGAAUUUGAACUCAGACCCUGGGACUCCCAAGUCCAGCAUGCUUCCUGCUGCAACCUCUUAUUUUUUUAAUCUAAGGCCUGUCGAAUAAGAUGUCUAUGACAAAACUUCUGUUACAAACAUACUUACAUUGUUUAGGAAUAAACAGUACUCAAUGGAAGGCCAA